UGUACCUGACCCACCUUAGGUCGAACCCGAGGCGCGCGCGCCGCAGCGCUGGCACUUGGACGCGGUGCGUCGCUUCCCCGUCGCGGCGCUGCUGCUGCGCGGCGGCAGGUGGACCGAGUUUGCCGCAGGGCCGUACUCGGACUUCUCAGCCGGCGUGCCGGAGGACACACUCGAGCGAUGGUGCGCUCCGUGGAAGGACAUCAACGCGCCCACUUGGGAGAGUGGCAGCGCCGAGGAGUGGGAGCACUGGACGCACCACCUGCACAAGGCGCGGCUAGUCACGUCGGAGGCGCCGCCAGAGUGUGACUGGGAGACCCUCCCGCUCGCGCCGACGCCACGGCGCUCGCACGUCGGCGACGCCUCACUCUUCUGGUCGAACAAGGUCCACCGCGGCCCCGGCACAGACCCGGGUGAGUUGCGGUUGGUGCUCUUUUGCUCGUGGAUGCCGGCCAGCGGCCGCGCCGCCGCCGGCGAGAAGGGCGGCGAGAGGGGCGGCGGCGCCGAGGCGGCCGCGCGCGGCAGGCGAGAUGUAGCCGAGAUGCGGCCGAGAUGUGGCCGCGGAUGGAUCGGAUGCAGCACCGCCAGGCGACGGCAAGCGCGAGUCGGAGGGCCGACUGCAAUCUCGGGUCAUCUCGGGUCGUCUCGGGUCAUCUCGGGUCAUCUGGGGUCAUCGGCAGGCGCGGCAAGCGCGAGUCGGAGACGGACUACAACUACUUUGACACGCACCUCGAGUCGAAGCUCGUCCUCUCGAAGCGCGCGUUGCGCAGCAUCAAGCGGCAGCUCGCCCCGUGAGGUCCCGCCCCUGCCACGGACAGAGACGAUUUGGCGAACGACCGCUCUGCAGCCGAGGCUCAUCUGAGUCUUUGAG